AAAGUUGCAAUCCAAACAAAUGAGAUCAAUUUCAUUUCCCCCUCUCAUCUCCACAUCUCCUCUGCGUAGUAACUUCAACAAAUCCUUCGAUUCCCACCAUCCCUUCAAUCCAACAUCACCAUCACUCUCUACCUCCCCCUCCAUCCCUGCGAUGUCCCUUAAUUUACAGUCUCAUGCCUUCGCCGGCAACCCCAUCAAGUUGAAAACCCCAAAACCAGAAGACCCAUUUUCGCCUUCUUCAGCUCUCCAAUCCCUCAAUUCCCAACUUCUGGACAACACCCACUUACCUUCUUCCAUCAAUUUCAAGGUCUUGCCCUUCAGAAAGGGCCGGCCGUUGGCCACCUCCAGUGCGCGACCUAAUGGUGCCGCCCCGAGCUGGCAUCUGGGUUGGCUUGGUUUGGCUGAUUUCAAGGCCCUGUUUGCCAAUUCCACGGCUGAAUUGACUGGGGAUUUAUUCGUCUAUCUGGGUUGUUUGGAUGAUGAGAACACUGUUUAUUGGGCUAUUGAUGUUUCGAGCCAGGAAGGUUUGGUUCCUGAAUUUGCGAGCAGGCUACUCUGCUUUGUGGAGGUUAGAACUCUCAUGGUGGCUGCAGAUUGGGCGGAUGCUCGAGCCAUGGGAGAAUUGGCUAUUGCUGGUCAUGCCAGGGCAUUGCUAGAAUGGCACGGAGUGUCAAAAUUUUGUGGACACUGUGGAGGAAGAACAGUACCCGUGGAAGCAGGGAAACGGAAGCAAUGCUCUAAUCCCUCCUGCAAGAAGAGGGUUUACCCCCGUGUUGAUCCAGUAGUCAUUAUGCUAGUCAUUGAUCGAGAAAAAGAUCGUGCGCUCUUGAGCAAACAAUCAAGAUUCGUUCCACGAAUGUGGAGUUGCCUAGCUGGUUUUAUUGAGCCGGGAGAAAGCUUAGAAGAGGCAGUAAGAAGAGAAACAUGGGAGGAGACAGGCAUUGAAGUAGGGGAAGUUGUCUACCAUAGCUCUCAGCCUUGGCCCGUUGGACCAAAUAAUAUGCCAUGUCAGCUGAUGGUUGGUUUCUUUGCCUAUGCAAAAUCCUUUGAUAUAAAUGUGGACAAGGGAGAGUUAGAAGACGCUCAAUGGCACGGUAGAGAAGACGUGAGGAACGCUUUGACGUUUGCAGAAUACGAGAAGGCUCAAAGAACAGCAGCGGCAAAGAUCGAACAAAUGUGUAAAGGAGUUGAGAGACAACAGAGCUUAUCUUCGGAUUUCAAUGUCGAAAGUGGCGAACUCGCUCCGAUGUUCGUUCCGGGGCCGUUCGCAAUCGCUCAUCAUCUCAUCUCUUCAUGGGUCUAUAAUGAAGGAUCGGAAUUGAAAGGUAGAAGUUCUUUGUCCAGCUUGUAGCCAUUUGGUUCAAGAAAUUCUUGUUCUUAUGAACAGUUUAUGGAAGGAUCAGAGACACAAUUUGCAG